AUGAUUAAAAGUUUUUUAAUAUUAAUAAGAAAAAUGAAGAGCGUACAAACAGCUAUUAUAAUAAUGAUAGUGUCUUUAUUGAUAAUCAGAGGAGAAAACAAUUUUGAUAAAGCUAAUAAUCCAGCAAAUAAUGUGCAUGGAUUAAGUGAAUCAGAAUUUAAAUCUGAAAUUGAGAAAAUAGAACAGAAUGAAUAUAAAAAUUUAGCGUAUACAAAAGAUUAUUUCACAUCAAAUGAUCUUAUGUGGAAAUAUGCAUUUUUUUAUCCAAACAAAGCAACUCGGUGGUUUUUAAGUGAAAAAAUAUACGUUUAUACUGAGUCAGACUCUGUUCUUGCCAAAGGAGUUAUACUUUGUGAUAAAAUUAAUGUUAAAAAAGACUUAAGUAAUAUUAAAGAAAAAAUAGAAGAAAAAAAGAAAGCAAUUUCUGAUUUUGAGAAGGCGUUUGAAAAGCCUGUUGUUGGUAAAUUUAUAUACGGCAAUCCUAAGAGCUUUGACACAUGGGCACCAAAAUUUAUCAAUCCUAUAGAGCUUAUUAAGUGGCAGUGGUUUAAAUUUAACAAAAAGGUAGUCUUUCCAACAAAGGAGGAGCUUAAAACAGAGGUGCCUGUAAAGACACCAGUCUUUAUAUCAGACUUAGAGAAAUACACUAAACAAGUAGAAAAAACUGCAGAGGUGACAUGGCUGGGGCAUGCUUGUGCAUUAGUAAGCGUUUAUGGAGUAAACAUUAUUACAGACCCUGUUUUUUCUCCUACUGCAUCGCCUAUGCCGGUAAAAAUGAAAGCUUUUUUGAGAUAUGUUGAUCCUCCAUGCAAAGUAGAAGACCUUCCUGAAAUGCAUGCUGUUGUUAUUUCUCACACCCACUACGACCACUUCGAUUCUAAGGCAAUUGAAGGUAUUAACAAAAAAUCACCAAAUGCAGUAUGGUAUGUUCCUAAAGGAAUUAACAGACUGCUUAAAGGCUACAAAAUUAAGAAUAUAGUUGAUAUGAACUGGGGAGAAAGUGUAACAAGAAAUUAUACACAGAAGGAUGGAAAUAUAAGCACACUUAAGGUCACAUGCGUACCAUCACAGCACUGGAGUGGUCGCACAGCACUCGAUCCAUUUAAAGAUCUAUGGUGUGGAUGGGUUACAAGCGUAUCAUCAACUGAAAAGAAAUUCCAAAGUAAGUCUGUAUUUUUCGCUGGUGAUACAGGAAUGUGCAGAAAAGAGUUCAUUAAAAUAGGAAUGUGGUUUAACAUUGAUAUGGGUCUAAUCCCCAUAGGUUGCUACAUACCAAGCAAUUUCAUGCACCCUCAGCAUAUUUCUCCCAAGGAAGCACUUGUUAUACACGAUUCAAUACGUGCGAAAAAGUCCAUGGCCAUCCAUUGGGGAACAUAUGAUAUGGGAGCAUCUGAAGACUUCUUACAGCCAAGAGAAGAUCUUAUAAAAGAAAGAUCUAACCUUGGAAUAGGAGAAAACAAAUUUGUGGUAGUAAACCCAGGAGAAAGUAUUUCCUUUUAAUUAUUGAAUGAUAAAUUGAUUUUAUCGUUUAUUAAUAAGGAAUAAGUCUAAAUGCUCGG